AUGGUGCAGGGGCAUGCCAAGCUCACCGUCGGCUCCAGAGACGCGCCAAAGGAGCAGAAGUCCAAGGAGGCCAAGGCCAUGGCGGCCAUGUCGGCCGGCAAGGGCAAGAAGAAGAAAUGGUCGAAGGGAAAGCUGAAGGAGAAGGUGAACAACCAGGUCCUCUUCGACAAGGCCACCUACGACAAGCUGCAGAACGAGGUGCCCAAGUACAAGCUGAUCACCCCUUCCGUGCUGUCCGACCGCCUGAGGGUAAACGGCAGCCUGGCGCGUGCCGCCAUCAAGGAGCUGCUGUCCCAGGGAGUCAUCCGCGUGGUCUCCAAGACCCACUCCCAGGAGAUCUACACCCGGGCAACCAACACCGAGGCAUGA